AUGCUGCCGCUGCCGCCGCGCCUUCGCCUCCUCCUCCGUGAGGGGCUCCCGCCGCUCCCCCAGGAUCCCCCAGCCCCGCGUCCCCGUCGGCCCACGCCGCCCUUCACCUUCGCCCCCCGCCGCCUCCGCCUCGGCCCCCAACACCCGCUCUUCGAGGAUGGGGACGUGCACAGGCACCUCUACCUGCAGGGCGUCCUCACCAGCCUCGAGGCGGUGGCCGAGAGACCCAAGGUGUCCGAGUUCAGCUGCCACAUCUCUGGCUGCAGCCAGGUGUUUGACACGCUGGAGAGCUACGAGCACCACUACAACACCCUGCACAGGAACGUCUGCUCCUUUUGCAAGCGCUCCUUUCCCUCUGGGAAUCUCCUGGAUAUCCACAUCUUGGAGUGGCAUGACUCCCUCUUCCAGAUAAUGGCUGAGAAGCAAAAUAUGUACCAGUGCCUGGUGGAAGGCUGCACGGAGAAGUUCAAGAGCAGCAAGGACAGGAAGGAUCACUUGGUGACCGUGCACCUUUAUCCUGCUGACUUUCGGUUUGACAGGCCCAAGAAGGUGAAAAGUGGCUCCAAGCACACAAGCUCUCCAAUGGAGCAGGGCACCAGUGUGCCCAUGGAUGUGAGUGUGGAGAUGGCAGAGCAGUUCCAAGUGAAUCCCAUGGAAAAAGGGCCUGAGGAGAACAUGGAGAUCUCUCAGCCUGCAGCCAGCCCCGGCCCCUCGCUGCCGGAGAAACGGCUCUACAAAUCCAGGAUCCCAUCCACAAUUUGCUUUGGACAAGGUGCCACCCGAGGAUUUAAAGGACCACGGAAAAAAGUCUGAAGGUCAGUGCAGCAGAUUUAUGCAAGAUGAACAGGCAUGGAGCCAGUGCCACCAGGGAUAUUUCCAGUUCCCACUCCGUGGAAUAAACCACCCAAACCAAUGGAAGCUCUGCCAGCAUUUGGGCACAUGCUCCUGAUGUCAAACAGAACUGUCACCACCCAGCUGAGUUAAGAAUCCUCAAGAUUUGAGGAAGGGGAACCCAGAAUGUGUGGUGAGGUGUUAAGGAAACUGUCCUGCAGCUGAGGCUGCACGGGACUGGGUGUUUUAUUUUUUGCCUUUUGAGAGUAAAAAAAAUGGAUUCAAGAAGUUACAAGAUGACAGCGUGACUGUAUGGAAGCUGGAAUAACUGAGAAAAGAAAAUGGAGGAAAAAAAACCCCAUUGGUUCUUAGUUCUGACUUCCUCCAUCUUGCUGAAGUCUCCUCUGCACCCCGGCACCUGCUCUGAAAGGUUUGUCUGGGCCAGGAGAAGCAUUUUCACUGGGAGUUAAAAUAAAGUGACUUCCAACCAGGUGAAUAAAUAAGAGGAAUUUUUACAAAAUUG